AUGACUUGUUGGUGCGGGCUAUAUUCGUGCUUUGCCUCUGAUAGCCUCAGUGCCGUACUCGGCUGCUCACACCCAGUUUACGCCAUGUCCGAGUUCCAUCCAUCGACCAACCCCUCCGCCCUCGAAGCCUACCCGGCCCUCAUUCUACCUCAGGAGCACUACGAUCUGACCCACGGCCGCGAACCCAUAGCAGCAGGCUCGCUUAUCGACUCGCUCGCUACCCAAAACUACAUGACUUACUCGUUCUCGAUUCCAAAGUCUCACCCGACCGACUUCACCAUCUCGGAGCUCUACUACUGCCCCGAGCCCACCUAUAUCGAGGGCAUUCACGGCCAUCCGCCCCCACAUCUCCAACCACCGCAAUUCCAGUCGCUGCACACCCAGCCUGCCCCAUACACUGCCCAGGACUUGACUUACACCAUCGACGACAUCAACUCGCCCCUGGCUCCGCUCAGCGUGCUUACCAGCGAUCUCGCCGCCCAGCACGGCGAUGUGUACCAGCCUCCUAUCGACAGCUCGGAGCUGUGUGGCUGCUGCUCCUGCUAUUGCUCGACCGACACAUAUGGCCAGAACGAGUACUAUCUCGCCAACCCUUGCCACAGUCACAGUCACAGUCACAGUCACAACCACAGCCACGUCGCGCCGAUCCAUCAUGAUGCAUCCAUCAUGGGCCCUGUCCUGUGCGAACAUCUUUCGACCGAUUCCACCCAGCUGCAGGACGGCUAUCUCUCUGCCUCGAUCCAUUCAGCGUCAGUGAACGCACCGCUUUACUUCACUCCGCCGCCCUCGGUCAUCAGCUCGCCACUCAACUCCAGCCACAUGCAGCCGGCCUACGAGCUCGCCGUGGUCAAGCCCUCAUCAGUAGCAGCCGGCUCUGCGGCCUUUUCUGCUUCGUACGACGCCGCACUGCCGUCCACUUCGUUCUCGACGACACAAGCCCAUUCUAUAAAGUCCUUCCAAGCCUUUGCCCCGUCAUACGAGCCCACCAUUGAUGAGCUGCAGCGUCUCGGCACCAUGAGCGAUCCACUCUCAAAGCGACGCCUGCGAUCCGGCGCCCGAAAGCUCUCUAUGGACAAUCACUUCCAGAACUCGCCGCAGAUUGCCAACAAACGCUCGAGCAGCUUUGACGGGUCGCACUCUGACCACGACUCGGCCCUGGGCCAUGCCGAGAGUCCUGCCGACGACACUUGGAGAUGCCACUUCAAAGGCUGCGACAAGAGCUACAGCACCUCGGCGGGCCUGCGAUAUCACCUUAAGGCCACCCACAGCGCCAUCACCGACCGCGCCCAGAAGCUGAAGAAUCGUGAGAUGAAGUUCUGUUGUCGGGUGUGCGACAAGUGGUUCGGCACCGCUGCUGGCUUGCGAUACCACAACAAGACCGUCCGGCACGGCUCAUCCCCGCACCGCAGCAGCGAGUCUGUUUCGCCUCGAGCCUAA